AUGGGGAGCCGUGAUGGCCGCGCUCGCCCUCUGCCACAGGCCCUCCUCCUCGCCGUCGCCAUCGCCUGCUGCAUGGCCGCCACGCCGUCCUCGGCGGAGUCGGACGCCGGCGCCGCCGCCGGGUCGUCGUGCGCGGCCAAGCUCGCGCCGUGCGGGGGCUACCUGAACGCCACCGACGCAACGACGGUGCCAGACUCCUGCUGCAACCCGCUCAAGGAGGUGGCGACCAUGGAGGCGGCCUGCGUCUGCUCCAUCCUGAUGAACAAGGCCGCGCUGCAGACCUUCGGCGUGACGCCGGAGCAGGGGGUGCACCUCGCCAAGCUCUGCGGCGUCACCACCGACGCCUCCACCUGCAACAAGAACGCCGCCGGUGCCGCAAUGUUGUUGUUUUGUUCUUCAGGUGGUACCGCAGCUUCUUCAGGAUCAACGGGAACUGCUGCUUCUACAGUGGCCAAGCCAACGGCAAGCGAAGCAACCAAGCGGCACCUGACCUUGAUGGCUGCACCUUCCCUCGUAGCACUAGGCUUCAGUUUCAUCUGCUGGUCGAUUGUUGCUUAG